AUGAGUCCUUAUACAUUAACCAUUAUAAUUUUCGGAAUUGGCCUAGGUACAACCAUCACACUCAUAAGCUCUCAUUGACUUCUCGCUUGAAUAGGACUAGAAAUCAACACUCUCGCAAUACUCCCACUAAUAAGUCAACACAACCACCCCCGAGCAGUACAAGCAACCACCAAAUACUUUCUCACACAAGCAACUGCAGCUGCCAUGCUUUUAUUUGCCAGCACAACUAACGCCUGAAUCACAGGUGAAUGAGCCAUUCAACAAAUAACCAGCCUUAUCCCCCUUACAAUAAUUACAAUACCAUUAACAUUAAAAAUUGGCCUCGCUCCAAUACACUCAUGACUCCCAGAGGUAUUACAAGGUCUAGAUCUCAAUACAGGACUGAUUAUAUCAACCUGACAAAAACUAGCACCAUUUGCUUUAUUAUUACAAAUUCAAGCAAACAACCCCACCCUUUUAAUUACUCUAGGCCUUCUAUCAACAUUAGUGGGAGGAUGAGGUGGCAUAAAUCAAACACAACUACGGAAAAUCCUAGCAUACUCAUCAAUCGCACACCUAGGGUGAAUAAUAUUAAUUCUCCCAUUUUCCCCUUCUUUAACAUUAAUUACUUUUAUUACAUAUAUUAUUAUAACCUGCUCAACUUUUAUAAUUUUCGAAAUCAACAAAGCAACAAACAUUAAUAUACUAGCCACCUCUUGAGCCAAAGCCCCCACUCUUACAUCUCUAACCCCACUGGUAUUAUUAUCUUUAGGGGGCCUCCCCCCCUUAACUGGUUUCAUACCAAAAUGACUAAUCCUUCAAGAACUCACCAAACAAGAACUAACCACCACAGCCACAUUCGUUGCUAUAACCGCAUUACUAAGCCUAUAUUUCUACCUACGAUUGUCAUAUGCAAUAACCCUAACCAUAGCCCCCAAUAAUCUACCAGGCACAAUCCCAUGACGUCUACAAUUUAAAUCUUUUUCCAUACCACUGGCCACUACAACCAUAGCCUCUAUCACUCUUCUACCAAUUAUACCUGCCAUAUCAACUCUCUUAAAGCUAUA